CAAUCAUACAUUCUUACGUGCUACGGACUACGGAGUACUACCUAAAACAAACCAUCAUGUCCACCCUCACUAUACCAAUAUGUAUCUUGCUCCUUCUCUAUUUCACGGUCACAAUUGCUGCAGAAUCAUAUGUUGCGCCAGGCAACAUCUUUCUUGACUGUGGUUCAUCCUCCCUUUCCACUUCUAGUUCCAACCAGAUGUGGGUCGGUGAUAAAGGUCUCCGCUUUUUACCUUCUGCCGACACUUCCUUAUCAUUUAAUGCUUCAUCUCAAGAUCCUUCGGUCGCUACAGUUCCUUAUUCCACUGCCCGAAUCUUUAACACUUCUUCGUUCACCUACACUUUUCCACUGUCUCGAGGUCCCAAAUUUCUCCGCCUCUAUUUCUAUCCUGCCACCUACUCAACCUUUAAUGCAAACCAAUCUUUCUUCUCUGUAUCGUCCAAUGGCUACUCUCUUUUAACCAACUUCAGUGCUUUCCAACAUGUCUCAUUUCAAGAAAAGACUCGCUCGGAUGCAACAAUUGUCAAGGAAUUCCUUAUCCAUGUAAACAAUGCACAAACGCUAAACGUUGUCUUUACACCAUCGCCCAACUCAUAUGCCUUCAUCAAUGGUAUUGAAAUCAUUUCAAUGCCCGACAAUCUGUAUUUUAAUACUGCUAUAAAACCGAAACCCGUUGGUAUGAUUACAGGACCAAUUACUGAUAACCAAACAGCUCUCGAAAAUACUUACAGGCUAAACAUGGGUGGGCGACGUAUAUCCGUUAAGUAUGAUACAGGUAUGUACCGGUUUUGGGAUCAAGAUGAUAACUACAUAUACGGUGCAUGGUAUGGGGAGACACCUCUUAACACACCUCCGAUCACGUACACUCCGGAGACACCAAAUUAUACAGCACCCGAGACAGUGUACCAAACCCAAAGGAGUAUGGGCAAACUGGCUGAAGGUUACAAUCUGACUUGGAUACUUCCAGUUGAUUCUGGGUUUUAUUACAUGCUGAGGCUCCAUUUUUGCAACAUCAUACCACAAUACACAAAACCAGGACAGGUGAUUUUUACGAUUUUCAUUAAUAAUCAUACUGCUGAGGAGGAGGCUGAUCUGUUUAGCUGGACACAAGGGAGCGGGUAUCCAUUUUUCAAGGAUUAUGUUGUGUUUGUCAACCAAAUGGAUGGCCGCCCCAGCAAGCAAGAUUUGUGGCUUGCAUUGCAUCCCAAUGGUUUGGGAGCAUAUUAUGAUGCUUAUUUGAAUGGUUUGGAAGUCUUUAAGAUAAGCAUGAUAGGUAAUCUUGGUGCUCCAAACCCUGAUUACGUUUACCCCUCGAAACAGAACGACAAGAAGGAGGAGAAGAAGACUCCAGGGUAUGCCACAAUAAUUGGAGGUGUAGGAGGAGGAUUAGUUUUGCUUAUUGUUUUACUUCUUAUUCUUUUAUGGAAGCAUAAGCGUACCCGUAGCAACCAUAACCCAUUACUUACGUUAGAGGGUUGCCGUCAUUUUACACUCAAAGAAGUGAAAGCUGCUACCAAUAAGUUUAACGACAAUUGUAUCGUUGGCAAUGGAGGAUUUGGCAAGGUGUAUAGAGGACAUAUAGACAACUCUACAAAAGUUGUAGCAAUCAAAAGGCUUAGUCCAUCAUCGAACCAAGGUUUUCAGGAAUUCAAAACAGAAAUACAAUUGUUGUCUAAAUUACGCCAUGUCCAUCUAGUGUCCCUGAUUGGAUACUGUGAUGAAAAUGAAGAGAUGAUCCUUGUGUACGAUUACAUGGUGAAUGGAACUCUACGCGAACAUCUCUACAACACAAACAACCCUCCUUUGCCAUGGAAAACACGUCUCAAUAUCUGCAUUGGAGCAGCCAAAGGGUUGCAUUAUCUCCAUUCAACUGAAAAGCAUAUAAUAAUUCAUCGAGAUGUCAAGUCCACAAACAUCUUACUUGAUGAAAAUAUGGUUGCUAAAGUGUCCGAUUUCGGUUUGUCAAAGAUAAGCUCCAAUGAUCCGUCAAAUACACAUGUAACCACAAUGGUAAAAGGUAGUAUCGGGUAUAUUGAUCCAGAGUAUCGCAAAAGCCAGCACCUGAGGCAAAAGUCAGAUGUGUAUUCAUUUGGGGUGGUUCUGUUUGAAGUGCUGUGUGCCAGACCUGUAAUCGAUCCAUGGGUGAGUGCUGAACAAGUGAGUUUGGCAGAAUGGGGCAAGAUUUGCUAUCAAAGGGGAACACUCAUUGAAAUAAGUGAUCCGAACAUAAGUGGUGAGGUUGCAGUGGAGUGUUUGGAGAAGUUUGGAGAGGUCGCAAAUAGUUGCUUGCAUGAGGAAGGGAAUGUGCGACCAACUAUGGAAGAGGUCGUUUACAGACUAGAGUUUGCGUUACAGCUACAAGUAGCUGCCGAUGAAUUUGUUGGCAAAGAAAUUAUGCAAGAAAAGCAAAAUGAGAAAGAAGAUCAGGGAAAUGUUGCAUUAGCCAAAGUGUCACUCAACAAUGGUGAAUAUGAGGAGUCCCUAGUAAUCGAAUUAUCGACAACUUUAAUUACAAGUUAAUAUAUGGGUUUAGA